GAUGGUGGCAGCACACCCCUCAGCCUCGCUGUUACUAAGAGUCCAGUCCUGGCUAAGAUGCUUGUCGAAAACGGUACGGAAACCGACAAUAUUCAACCAAGUGCGUGGUUCCAUGGGAACAAGGACAGCAUGGAUAGUAUCAUUUGCGUGUCUAAACAAGGUGCAACACAGCGUUUGCAAUACAUGACUAGGGACAAGUUUAUGCAAGAGCUUGCAAAGCCUCUUGCUUCUGACCACCCAAGAAUGCGUCUUUUUUUAUGCAAAGAUUCGCCACCACCGUGGGAGCAUGGAAGUUUACUUGGAUUUAAUAAAUCCCCAGCCGACGUUAACCUUCGCAUGGAUAUGCGACUCUAUAGCGAUCCUAACAGUUAUCAUAAGAGUCUUCAUUUCCUUUUGGAAACUUCAUUUCCUGGUAGCUUCAACCCGUGGUACUUGAAGAAAGCAGAAGACAUAGAUUCGGGGGCAACCACCAUUUCAUGUCUCGCAAUACAACAUUCGAAAUCGAGCCCGGGGCCAGGAUCUCAAUCGGCCGAUUUUCUUAGCACACUACAGAACAGCAAGAUUCCUGAUGAUGGUGCCGAAUUCCUUAUUCAGUUCUUGAACGCAGUUGAGACAAGAUGGAGUAGGCUUUUGAGAAGAGCUGAAAAACAUAUACGCGAACGGAUUCGACUCGACAAGGAAGCGCCCAGCCUCAAGCACUACCAACAAUCGAACAAAACUACCUCGAGCAAAGACUUUAUAGACGAGCUUCAGAGCGACGUCUCAAAUUUAUACCAGCUUCGUGACAUUAUAGAGGAUCAUGUCAAUAAAGCUCGUAGGUUUGUUGAGAAAUACUGCUUUCCAUACAACGAAGGCAAGGGUAAACAGCUAGCCUGGGAUACAAUCGACCAGUUAGAGUUGCGAGUAAACACUAGAAUUAACAGGUUUGAGCAAAUACUGAGAGAUACAUUGCAAUUUGAAUUUACGCGAAUGUCCAUGGCAGAAGCACGCCGAUCCACUGCUCUUGCGACUAGCAUGAGACGUCUUACCUGGAUGACUUUUAUCUUUCUUCCAGUGAUGUUGGCUUCCAGCCUAUUCGGGAUGAACGUCGAUGUUUUGAAAGAUAACCCUGAUUGGAGGUGGUUCAUUCCCACUGCGGGGGCGACAAUAACCCUAACUAUUUGUGGUUGGCUUAUCUUUGAGUACAUGCCAGCUCUUGGAUAUUGGAUUGAAAGAGGCAAGGGAAGGGAAGGUUAAAACGUUAAGUCUA